AUACACUCACUCAGACUCCUGCAGUCACUUUAGAGUCCAGCCACCAGAGCAAGAGACACACACACAGAGACACACACACAGAGACACACACACAGAGACACACACACACAGAGACACACACACAGAGACACACACACAACAGUUCACCUGAACAUCCACAUUAUCGUCGAGAUGAAGAAGAACAACAUGAACAGAGAGAACAGGAAGACCACCGUCCCUGCCCUGCAGGAGAGGACUGAGGAAGCUGAUGCCCUCAGAACACAUAUGAAGCCUGCAGACUUCAAGGAUGAGGGGGAUGCAGUCCUCCUGAAGGACGUCCAACAGGUGGAAACACUAGACUUUCCUCAACUACAGAAGGAACCGUUAGAAAGACCAUCUCUGCAGGACCAGAAAGGGGACAAUGACCGAUGUUCCAGCUCGGCUGAGGGUCAGAUCCCUGAGCCUGAAUCACCAUGGCUCAGAUACAAAGAGGAGAUGGUGUGGCCGUCUGUGAGGGAAAGGGUUGCCUUGCUGCGUCAGGAAGAGCAGCUAAAGGACCUGCCAAAAAACCACAAAGACAGGACAACCUCAGACAGGACAACCUCAGACAGGACAACCUCAGACAGGACAACCUCAGACAUGGAUCUGGACCUUGUUAAGGUCUCCAAAGAGGAGAUGGUGUGGCCGUCUGUGAGGGAAAGGGUUGCCUUGCUGGGUCAGGAAGAGCAGCUAAUGGACCUGCCAAAAAAACGCAAAGACAGGAAAACCUCAGACAGGACAACCUCAGACAGGACAACCUCAGACAUGGAUCUGGACCUUGUUAAGGUCUCCAAAGAGGAGAUGGUGUGGCCGUCUGUGAGGGAAAGGGUUGCCUUGCUGGGUCAGGAAGAGCAGCUAAUGGACCUGCCAAAAAAACGCAAAGACAGGAAAACCUCAGACAGGACAACCUCAGACAGGACAACCUCAGACAGGACAACCUCAGACAGGACAACCUCAGAUAGGACAACCUCAGACAUGGAUCUGGACCUUGUUAAGGUUUCCAGCGAGCUGGAGACAGCAGAGGUGGCUGUCACUGAAAUAAGCCGACCCAUGGAAGCCGUUGACGUCAGAAAGGAGAAGCAAACAGAGACAAACGAAGAUCCAGACCAGCCAAGAGUCAAACAGGUUUUGCUGUCUCUCGUUCCCGAGGACCUGCAGAAUCCGGCAUGCACGUGGGAGCAGGACAGAACUAUUCUCCUUGGAGAAAUCUCCAGACUGCGUGCUGGACUGGACCAGGCACACAUGGCACUGGAGAACCAGAAGCAUCAGGCCAGUCUCAAGGCGGAGGUGAUCCCUGACGCCAACAAGGACCACCACCAGUGUGAGGACAAGAACUCCCGUCUCCUGGCCGAGGCCAUGGAGGAGAUCUCAACCAUUACAGCUGCCCUGAACGAGGCCCGGGAGGACCUGAAGACACAGAAGCAGGAGUGGGAGAAGGUAACAUCGAAUCUUCUCUCUGAACAAGAGGAAACCUGCAGGUUGAAGGCUGCCCUGACGCAAGUCCAGGAGGACCUCAAGACACAGAAGGACAAGUCUAGCCUCCUAGAAGAGACCACAUCCAAAACAAAGACUGCCCUGACCCAAGCCCAGGAGGACCUCAAGACACAGAAGGACAAGUCUAGCCUCCAAGAAGAGACCACACCCAAAACAAAGGCUGCCCUGCAUCAAGCCAGAGAGGAGCUAGAGACCAAGGAGAGCCAGUGGGAUGUUGCCAAGUUCAAGCUGGUUUGUGAGCAUGUUAAAGAAAGAGAAAGUUUGCAGACUGCACAGAAACAGGCAGAAGAGGACCUUAGACGCCAGUGGGAGAUGGACAGAUGCUGUCUCCUGGCAGAGCACCAAGAAGAGACCAUCAGGAUGCAGGAUGCCCUGAAGCAGGCCAAAGAGGAUCUGCAAACACACCAGGCCGAGUGGCAGCAGGAGAAGGCCUCUCUCAUGGAGUCUUUAACCGCCAUCAAUAAGUCACUGAAGGAACAACAAGAAGACAGAGCCAAGACUACCAACAGUUUCAUGGACAGACUGAGGAGCCUAGAAACUCAGCUAGAGGAGGCUAGCAGACCACCCAAGAAGUCUUUCAAGAAAAGGUUCCUGCAGUUCUUUAGAAGAGAUGCAAGGACUCCCUCUCAGACCUCGGACACCCUCAGCCAAGACCCUUCAACUUCUCAAUCUUCCUCUCACUCCCAUCAACCCCAACAAGUCCAGUCCUCACUCUACCCCUAAACCCC